AACUGUUCAACGACAUCAACGACACACUGCUUUUGCAAAGGACAAAGAUGGGCGGGUCCCAGAGGAGUAAACCAGAAGUGCCAGAGGAGCUCAGGAUCGUGCUCAUUGGAAAGACUGGAGCUGGGAAAACUUCAAUCAUGAACACAUUCCUGGGAAAAGCUGCUGUGACAAACAGCUUGUUUGCCUCAGAUGAAGCGCCGUGCACAACCGAGACGGCGCCGUUUGGAAACCAAAGACUGGUUUUAGCUGAUACUCUCGGCCUGUGCCACACCAGCAAAUCUAAGGAGGAGGUGCUGAGUAAGAUCAUUGCAUCCACCUUUCAGUUCAAUUCUAAGCAGGGGCCUCACGUGUUCCUGUACGUGCACAGCUGGGAGGACGAUUUUACGACACAGGAUGUGGAACGAGUGAAAGUCCUGAGGAGGAUCUUUGGUAAAGAGGUCAUGCGUUAUUUCUUCCUCCUGAUCACGCAUAUUGAUGGAGACUUGUCUGUUAAGCAGAGAAACCAGAUAAGGAAGUUUAUUAAGAAAGUGGGAUUUAAAACACAGAAAUACUGUGUUAUUAACAACAGAGGUAAUGAAAAAGAUAAAACAAAAGAACAAAAGCAGCUGGUGAAGGAAAUCAAUGAAAUGGUACAAAAUAACAAGCUAAGAAACUACACCAAGGAACUGUUCGAACAUGCACAGGAAGACUUAAGGAAGCAAAUCCAAAAGUCAAAAACUCAGAGGCAGAUGGGGGCUGGAGACCAACAUGUGGCCACUGUCGCUAAAGCCCUGUUGUCUCCUGUGCUGCCAGCGGACUUUGUUACCUUAGCCCUACAAGCAAAUGUCUGGCUGGCAACAAAGUUUGAAAACUGUCUCACUUAAUAACAAAAAGCAGGGAAGUAAGUCGAGACCUUAAGCCUUCAGACUGUAGCAACAAACCCAUUAAAAACGAUCCACAUUUAUUGUGCUGUAAUAAAACUGCAGCUGAGUUCUAUAAAAGAGUAAAAUAUUCAGCUAUUUUUACUGUACUUUAUUAAUCUGAUACCUUCAGCUUCUCUGCAGACCGCAAUCAAUAAUGCAACCAAUGCAUCACCAUGCUUUAGAGGAAGGACAUUUCCAUGCUUGCUCCAUCUGUGCCGACUCCACCUUUAUCAUUUUUCUGUAAACACUUAUGUAAUUUUUUUUAAAGUGAUCAUUGUGUUUGGUGAUGCCACAUUCUUCUCCUCGUGUGUUCUUUUAUCUUUCUGAUUCAGUAAAGUUAAAAUGCUAAUGUAUCAAUCAGUGUGUGAAAUUAAUCAGACAUUAACAGCAAAAUCAGCAAAUAAAAGAUGAUUCAA